UUUUUUACGCUGCCAUUUUGUCCAGCACAGGAGCGAGCAUUCAGUCAGUCAGUGAGUGCGCAAAGAGAAACCACUGGCGAGACUUUCCAUACGGCGGCACCGGACCGAACUGUCGGUAAGAAAAAUAAAAAAAUAAAAAAGAACAACGGGAGCCAGUAAUGUGGUGACGGCAGACGGAGGGAAGCACCAAACUGAGCCCGAGGACCGUGAAGGGAAACAAGCGAGCUAAGGGAGCUGUCAGGGAGGUUUUUUUUGUUUCUUUUUUUUUUUAACUCAGCGGCUCCGCCGGCUCGGCUCCCCGGUCACAGACCACAGGAACCCGCUUUCUCUCUACCCGCCCGCCCGGCUGGUUGGCUUUAGCUAACCCUGCUAGCAUCUCGGCUAACCCCCACCGCCGCUCCUCGCGUCUCCUCUCACCGUGGGAAACUGCAACUGUCCCGGCUGUCAGUGUCACACCGUCCUCCUGUAAACUUCAAACAAUGCGCUGCUCCUGUCUGAGAGACUUUUUACGCCCAAGGGACGAUUUAACGCACGCUUCGCCAAGCGACCAGUGAUAGCUGAGCUGCGGUCCAAGCUAACAAGUUGACGUGGAAGAGGAACUCUAUUUUUUUUAAAACUGUUUUCCAAGCUGUGAUUUCACCAGGAUUACUUUCCCCCUCUGCCCUGCCCGAGUUGGACUCGACUUUUUGGUGACUCCGGGUUACAAAGCAGCCAGUUAGCUAUGUUUAUUUGUGGCCAGAAAGUAAUUUCAAGUGUUUGCGGAUUCCACAGUGGGACUCUCUCUUGGUUCGAGUACUGCAACGGAAACAUUAGCUAACACAGACUGGCUCGUGUUGUGUUUACUGCAUAAAUAGAUAGACGGAACAAACAGUUGCCGAACAUUUUUUUUGUUUCAUUUUUAAAUUCAGAUUGUAGUUAAACAGAUUGUUCUUGUACCUGUCGUGAGCUGACAUUGCUGCACAGGUUGUGUGGAAGACAGUGUGUGUCUGAGUGUGUGUGUGUGAUCCCUGCUCUCUGUUACCUCCACUUGACAGUGAAGUCACGUUGAGUUGAUCCAUUGAUCGGAUCGUUAUUGUACUAUUUUCCCUGAUUGAAGGGGGGAAAAGAAAAAAGUCGGUGCGAUGUCGGGCCAAUCUAUCACGGAUCGGAUCACAGCAGCUCAGCACAGCAUGACCGGGUCGGCUAUCAGCAAGGCUGUGUGCAAAGCCACCACGCAUGAAGUGAGCGGACCGAAGAAGAAGCACCUUGACUAUCUGAUCCACUGCACCAAUGAGAUGAACGUGAACAUUCCCCAGCUGGCGGACACACUGUUUGAGCGCACAGCCAACUCCAGCUGGGUGGUGGUCUUCAAAGCUCUUAUCACCACCCACCACCUCAUGAUGUACGGCAACGAGCGUUUCAUCCAGUACCUGGCCUCCAGAAACACUCUGUUUAACCUGAACAACUUCCUGGAUAAGGGAGCUCUGCAAGUAUUGACGGCGUGAUGCGCACCAUGAACACAGAGAAGCUGAUCAAGACGCUGCCCAUCAUCCAGAACCAGCUGGACGCUCUGCUGGAUUUCCAGGCCAACCCUAAUGAGCUGACCAACGGUGUGAUCAACUCAGCCUUCAUGCUGCUCUUCAAGGACUCCAUAAGGCUGUUUGCUGCUUACAAUGAAGGGGUCAUCAACCUAUUGGAGAAAUACUUUGACAUGAAGAAGAACCAGUGUAAAGAUGCCCUGGACAUCUACAAGAAGUUCCUUUACAGGAUGACGAAGCUCUCAGAGUUCCUCAAAGUGGCAGAGCAAGUUGGAAUAGAUCAGGGUGACAUCCCAGAUCUCUCACAGAAAACAAAAGGAUCAUACAUUGCUCCCAGCAGCCUGCUGGAGGCUUUGGAGCAGCACCUUGCCUCUCUGGAGGGCAAGAAGACCAAGGAGCUGAAUGCAGACACCAGAGCAUCCACCCUGUCGAACGCCGUCUCGUCUCUCUCCUCCACCGGCAUGUCCUUCAGCCGCAUGGAUGAGAAGGAGAAGCAGCAGGCUUUGGAGGAGGAACAGGCCAGAUUGCAGGCGCUCAAGGACCAGCGCCUGAAGGAGAUCAGCAUGCAGACUCCACCCUCUGCCUCCCCCAGCAGCCAGUCGAUAGGCAGCGCCAACAACAACAACCACGUCACGCAGACCCCGGAGUUUUUCAGCUCCACGCUGUCCACCAACAGUGUGCCCAAUCUGAACAGUGACCUGUUUGAUCUUCAGCCGGCCUUCAUCCCUGCUGUGCAGAGCACUCCUUCCAUCUCCAACGCCAAUAGUGCCUGGGGAGGACUGGACAGCCAACCUCUGCAGCAGAGCGGCCCCGCCAUGACCGUAGAUUUCGAUGCUGUGUUUGGGAAUAAGGCCACACCCAGUAACAACGGCCCGCAGCCUGCAGCCGGUUUUGAUGCUCUCGGAGACCUGUUAAAGCCUACAGUUCCCACACACACCGUACCUCCUCCACCUCCCCCUCAAGUGGCCAUCCAUCCUGGAGGAAAGCUGCUAGCCAACGACCUCGACUCGUCUCUGGCCAACCUCGUGGGCAAUCUGCAGUUUGGUGGGACCCCAGCCAAAAAGCCAGAUAUGCAGUGGAACCAACCGGGAGAGAAGAAGCUGACGGGCGGCCAGAACUGGCAAAAUAAGACCAUGUCGACCACACAGUGGAGCCCAGCACCCAUGGCCCCACAGCCCAUGCCUGUACCACAUGUGAAUGGAAUGUUCUAUACUAGUUAUGCUCCAGCUCCCAUGGCUUUCCCCAUGACCACACCGCAAGUGCCUGUGUAUGGAAUGGUUCCUCCCCAGAUGGGUCAGAUGGGUGGGGUACCUGUGAUGGCUCCUCAGCCAAUGAUGUACAACCAGCCUGUUCUAAGACCCACUAACCCCUUCGCACCCAUGCCCGGAGCCCAGAUGCAGUUUAUGUAAUCCAGUCAGGAGGGGAAGCAGAGUGCCAAAAGCAACAUACAUACAAACAAACAAACAAACAGCAUAAACAAACACAAGAGGAUGAUGAUGAUGAGAUGGACGGAAGGAUGAUUUGCUCAAGCUGAAACGACAGACUGACACAAGAUAACCGGGCUGACACCAAAAGUCAAGUUGGAAAGAGGAAGAGAAGAUGACGAAAAGGAUGGACUGAGCGAUGGCAGGGGUUCGAUGGGGAAGAUGUUACCCAGGCUGGUCGUUGUCUGAAACAACUCUUUGCACCUGUGUGUGUGUGUGUGUGUGUGUGUGUGUGUGUGUGUGUGUGUGUGUGUGUGUGUGUGUGUAGCUUCUCUCUGUUUAUUGUCUGAUUUGUGUUCCUAUCGAUGGAGUGAUGUUUCAGGAGAGGGAAUAAGGACGAGAGAGAACGACGGGGAGGAGGGAAGAGGGGAUUCAGGAAAUCCUACCUCUAGUUUUCAGUCAGGCUAAAUGUGUCUGACUGCUGUGAGAGUCUCUGCUGCAGAAUUAGCUUUAUUUCAUACUGGUGCUAUUUUGUCCUCUGUGGGUCACUGCUCGCCUGCAACGGCAACUUUGGAGCACUUACGAGAAGACAAGUGUUUGUUUUAUUGUGUGUGUGUGUGUGCGCGCGUGUGUGUGUACGCACGUGUGUGCUCAGCAGUUGUUUCAGACAAUACCUUUGCCACGGACCUCCUCUCCAUCCCCACCCUCGCUCCCUGUCUGCGUCCACAACCGUCCACUUAGCAAGAGAUUUAGUGGCAAAUCCUCUUCGGUGUGUUUCCUGUAAUUUUCCGCUUUGUUGGGAUAUAUUUGUAUUUUUCUGUCAGUUUUUCUUCGCCAACUUCUCCUGAAUGUUAUCGGGGCUUGUACAGCGAUUUGUUGAAGCAUUUGUUAAUAGUAAUUGAGCGUUUGUUGUUAAGGGUUUUGAGCUAAAGUCUUUGUUACUCAUACAGCAUUGUUUUUCUCCACGUAAUGCUACAGAUACACACAGAAAGAUGGGAGCUAGCAGGCACAGCAUGCUAGCACUGUAUGAAAUUAUGUUUUAAGGCCUAGUCACACCAGAAAGUGACACAGCAAAACUAAGCUAAUAGCAGUUAGAUAGUAAUUUGGUAGUUUGGGAUUUUUUUUGUUAUUAUCCUUUGUUUUUCUAGUGGGUAGUUUAUUUUUUCUGAAAAUUAUUAUAGAAAUUUAGUUGAAUAAAUUUUUUGAAGUUUUCACUCUGAGAAACGGUAAGGAAAAGAAUUGUGCACGUAGCUAAUAAGCUACAACAGCAUGAGGUUGGCCUACGUUAAACUUAUCCAGAGCUGCACCAUUAGCAAUUUUCCUUAAGUCACUAAGCAGUGCUGUUUUCAAAUGAAAACUCCCAUUACUACAUACAAAAAUAAAAGAUCAUCCAGGGCAUCAGGACACUGGACGCUUGUUUCUACCACAGACAAAAUGUAACAACUGCCCAAAAGAGACUAAAUUCUGGGCUAUCUCAAAAUUUUGAAUUGCGUAUAUUGUAGUUUCGAGAUGCAUUACUCAAAAUGUUGAGUUAUUAAGACAAAUUUUAAUCAUGGCCGCUGUUUGCAACAUUCUUGAAUUUUGAAGGACAACUUUGAAGAAAUUAUAUCCGUGGUUUGUUGACUUUGGAAUAAAGGUGCAGCUGCUGUGAUGGGCCAAUGGAGAGGAGCAGUCUUACACCUGAGUUUGACUUUUACAAGUUAGACCCUGAAGUCAAAGAUGCUCCAAAAAAAUGGAUCAAAGUUAUUUAUUGACUCUCAAACUUGUUGUUGAGCUCAAUAAAGGGUAGUCCAAAAUGUAGAACUUUAAGGGCAUCGGAACAAAGGAGGCCGGACUUCCUUCAGGUUUGUGAAAGGGUUAGCGCUAAGUUUAGUUAAUCCAUAAAUGUUAGACAGCAGUACAGGAAUAAAUGCUCUAACAGGCUUCAGAAGAACCACCUUUCUCCCCCAAACACAUCCUGGUGGCAACAGUUUUCUAUCAAAGAUCACAACAGUUAAACUUGAUUUUAAAAAAUUAGCAGACAUUUGCUGUGUCAAACGUUGGUGUGACGAGACCUCCAACUGUACAUUGUGUUCAACUUGGUGGUCAGUUUAGGAAUAGGUAAAGUGUAUUUUUGUUUCAUCUCUGUGUUAAUUAGCAUUGUUAGCCUGUGGUUUGUUGACUUUCUGCCUCAGUUGGAUCUAUCUGUGUGUAUCUGUUUUUCCUGUCUUCUUCAUCAGCUCAUCAACCAGUCUUUAAGGAUUUGAGCUUUGUUUCAUUAGGUACAACUUCUUGGCAGAUCCACAGUAUGUGCCAGUGAUCGAUGACAGCGGCACAGAGUGAGUUAAAUGUUACUGAAUCAAGUUGAAUUCACUUUUAAUUGCACUGAAUCAAAGUGAGUGGCUGUAAGUGCGACACUGAACCUGUGGCGUCUCCCUCGCUCAGUGGUUCCAAGAAUCUGUGGGGAUCAAAUUUGACUCUUCAGCUCAGCCAAAGCAUCCAUCCCCAUGAGUUUGACUGUGGGUGUAUUUAUGCAUAACGACUUCUCGUGUCCACGUGUAUCCUUACACAUUUAUGUGAACGUAUUUUCUUUUCUUCAUCGAGGGCUAUUUCUGAGGGUCAAAUUUUAAGCCAGACUUGAUCCGAUAAGUUUAACACAAAAUGGGCUUGAUUUGUUUUUAUAAAGUCAAAUUUUGUUGCAAAAAUGCACAUGCAAAAAUGUUGCACUCAAGUGGCUAUCCUGCCGUAGCAGAGCUGUUGUUUUUGGGGGUUUUGUUUCUUUUCCGGUAU